UGGAUGGUCCUGUCUCCCCAGCUGCUGCUUUACUCCCUCUGGAUGCCCGUAACCAGACAGCGAGACCCCACAAAGGGGGAUGUGACACAAGUCCCAGCAAUCCCUGGAUCCAUGUCCAAACACGGGGGUCUUACUCCUUCUGAGGACUUCGGAAUUGUUUUCCUUUAACUGCUUCCCUGCUGGAUGAGCCUGGAGCAGGAUGGCAGGCGCUGGUGACUACCUGAGGGACCCCAGGACAGGUUUCAUCGUAUUAUGGAGAUGAUCUGAUUUCUGAAUCUACACAUUCAACAAUGAACAACAGUACGGACGAGGCCCUGUACAGCAGCCCUGUGUUCCCAUCAAACACCACAGACCUUAGGGACCGAAAAAUUUCAGUGUUCUUCUCCGUAGUCUUCAUGACAGUGGGGAUCACAUCCAACAGUCUGGCUAUAGUCAUACUUCUGAAAGCCUACCAGAGGUUCCGGAAGAAGUCCAAAGCUUCCUUCUUAUUGUUUGCCAGCGGCUUGGUCUUUACGGACUUGUUCGGCCACCUCAUCAAUGGGACCAUCGCUGUCUUUGUCUAUGCCUCCAAUAGAGACUGGUCAAAAUUUGACCAUGCGAACGUUCUGUGCAGCAUUUUUGGCAUGUGCAUGGUAUUCUUCGGCCUCUGCCCGCUGUUACUUGGCAGCGUGAUGGCGGUGGAGAGGUGUAUAGGAGUUACCGAGCCUAUCUUUCACUCUACCAAAAUGACUUCAAGACAUGCCAAGAUGAUCUUGGCUUUCGUCUGGCUCUUUGCCAUCUCGGUGGCUUUGUUGCCGAUUGUGACUUUAAGGUCCUAUCACAUCCAGGCCACCAGGACUUGGUGUUUUCUAAAGACUGAACACAUUGAACACUGGAUGGACCAGUUCCAUUUAUUGUUAUUUUCCUCUUUGGGACUCGUUUCUUUGGCCAUCUCAUUCUUAUGUAAUGCCAUGACUGGAAUAACGUUACUUCGAUCCAAACUGAAAAGCCAGCAACACAGACAAGGCAGAUCUCAUCAUCUAGAGAUGAUAAUCCAACUCCUGGCCAUCAUGUGCGUCUCGUGUAUUUGCUGGACUCCAUUCUUGGUGACCAUGGCAAACAUUGGAUUGAACAGAUACGGAUCCCAGGAUCCCCAUGAGACAAUCCUUUUCUCUCUUCGAAUGGCCACUUGGAAUCAAAUAUUGGACCCAUGGGUCUACAUUCUUCUGAGGAAAACAGUCCUCAAAAAACUGUUCAGAAUCGCCCGGCGUUGCUGUGGGAUGGAAAUCAUUGGUUUACACACUUGGGAAUUCAGCUCUAUCAAAAACUCUUUGAAAGUCGCUACUAUUUCAGAAUCUCCAGCCUGCUCGCGAACAAACACCUUCAGCAUCUCCCAAAAAACAGAUACGGAACAAAAAUGUGAACUCAUGGAAAGUAAAUAAGCCUUUUUCUUCAACAGUGUUUCCAAAUGUACCAUAAGAGUGUAUGUGCCGAUGCAAUCAUGGGGUAACCUGACAUCACUUAUCGGUGAAUGCGCCUUCAGAAAAAAAAUCAAGACUGAUAUAUUCCAUAGCAUGGCAGGGAGCUCAGACCUCGUACCAGAUAGGAAGACCCAUACAAACAGUAUAAGGAUUGUCGGUAAAAUGUAUAUGUUGAGAAUGUCUCUUACUAUGUAACGUAUGGCACCGAGAACUUUAUGGUUACUCAACCUGGUUGGAUGUAGGCUGAAUUUCCCAUUAAUGAAGGAAGCUCAUAUACAACUAAUGAUAAGCAGUAACCCAUCAGGGUACGUUAUAGAAAACCAAAUAAACUGGAGAAUAUUUUCAAAAAUUUUGAUCAAAAUUUUUUUUUGUGGCCCCUAUUUUAUCCCAUUGGCUGUAGUUGGUCUCUGAGGGCUUAUACACAUGACAUUUGUUUAUGGAGUUUUUGAUGCAGCUCUUGUAGACAAAGCUGGUUGGGCAAAAGAAGAUCGUAACGUUGGCCAAGAUUUCCUAAUCUGGUUAAACCCCCAAAUGUCCAACCAAUCACAGCUCAGCUUUCAUUUUACCAGAGAAAGCUGAGCUGUGAUUUGUUGUAAUGGGCAAACCAGACAGUUUGGGUUUCAGGCAGAUAUCAAAGUAUCUAGAAUUUUACUUUCCAAUUCCCAUUAUUUUAAUGGAACUAUAUGCAGUCAUAACUUUACUUAAAGGGGUACUCCACUGCCUCAGCAUUCUGAACAUUUUGUUCCGAAACACUGGGUGCGCGCUGCAGGGGUUGUGACCUCUCGGCCACACCCCUCUUUGACGUCACGCCAUGCCCUCUCAAUGCAAGUCUAUGGGAGGGGGGGUGGACUUAAAUUGAAGGGGUGUGACCGUGACGUCACGACCCCUGCAGCGUGCACUCAGCGUUCGGAAGUGGUUUUAAGAACCUAGCCAUGCAAGUGCUGGGGCUCCAUGAUAAAUAUUGGUAUUGGGUAAAAAAGUUAAGAUCGAUUGUAAUUAUUACAGUCAUCACAAAUCAACUUCUUCCCUAAUAGGCCGACAUUGAAGUUGCACAUUAAUUGUGGAAAUGCAACAAAAUUACCAGAAGUCACGGGCAAACAAAUGUAACUAAGGAGCUCUAGCUUAAGGGGGUUAUUUGACUUUUUGCCAAAAAUGUGAUAUUUACUGGGCCGGAAAGAAAAACUAGAAACAAAUUUAUACUUAUAUAGUCCAGUCCGCCACAGCUCAUCUCUGUUCACUCUCCCAAUCUUCUGUCUUAUUCCUGUAUAUGAAUGAGGCUCGUUGCAGGACCUGCUUGCUCAGCCAAUCAUUGAACGAGAUACGAUACUGCUGCGACAGGUGAAUGGCUGAGCCGGCAGGUCCUUUCCAUGCUCUCAUCUCAGAAGCAGGAAGAAGAUAGAAGAUUGUGAGCUAGACAGGGGCCAACGGGAGCUGCUAGGACCUGGGGCUAGGUAAGUAUAUGACAGCAUAUAAAACAUUUAGCAAAACGCUGUAUAAGGCAUAUGGUGUAGUUUUCUAAAUUCCCCUCCAGAAUGUUCUGGAACUGAAGAAUUAAUUUAAAUAUCUAUACAAAAUUUUGUAUUACAAAUUGGCAUAUAAUAGUUGGGAUAAUUGACAGAAUUAAAUUGUGAGUUUUGCAAAAAUGUUAUCAAAGAAAUUGAUAAUAAAUAUUUGAGACAAAUGUUUGUCGCUGACUUUUAACCUUUUGAAAUUCUUUUUAAUUUUUUAUACAGUUAUGUAAACUCAACGUUAACCUUGAAAACCAAGAAAUGUAUCCAAACCUCAUUUUCUUGUAUGCUAACAAAAAGCAUUAUCAUUAUUUUAAGGUAUUUUUGGAUAAAAUUUUUGAUAAUAUUCUCCAGCACACCUUGCCAUAUACAGUCAGCAUUGCCUUGCAAAUACACUAUUAACACGUAAACUAAAACUAUAUUUUUUAAAUAAAAAAAGGAAUGUAAAUGUUUGUUUUAUGUGCUUUAUAAUUUUUUUUUAGCAUUUUUUGUUUUAAAAUAGUGCUGUAUAUAAAAAGAUAUUUAUGUUAAGAGUCAAAAGUUAUAUCAGUUUUGUGUGUAUGUGGUGUCUUUUGUAUCAGUUUUUGUGUGUACGUGGUGUCUUUAUUGUACAUUUGUCCUGGUAACAAACAUUUCAUGAAGUGCAUGAAAUAUAAAUAAUCUAAAAAUUUAGAGUGAAAAAAAUAUUCUAUGAGAACGAUAAUGUUAAAAUUUUGAAAUUAUCAUUAUUUUAAAAUUUUUGCUAAAUUGUGUGUGAAAUUUUUAGCUAGGUAGAAUUAAAAAUUUUAAAUACAUUUUUUUAAAAUAUUUUCAAAUACAUUUUGUUUUUUAUAACAAAUGUAGGGAAAAACCUAUAUAACUGUGGGGGGAAAUGAGGCCAAUGAUAAAUUUGCAUGGAGACCCCCUCUAUAUCAAUACUGAUCAGGGAUAGGCUCCCUUCUUAUAUAUACAAACUAAGUAACUAAGUAUAUACUGAAGUAAUUUUGUGGGCUUUUUUGUAUAUAUAAGAAGGGAGCCUAUCCCUGAUCAGUAUUGGAUCUGACGAAGAAGGAGUCUCUGCCCCUCGAAACGCGUUAUCCCUUGGAAAUACUUGUACGAAUAAAUAUCUCUUCGCUUCAUGAGCUACUCGACUGUGUGGAUGAUUAUUCUACAUUUCUACAUUGAAAAGGAGCGCUUCUCAGCACCGCAUUUUUUCGGAUCAUAGAUCCCACCUUUCUUCCUGCAUGCAGAAUGUUGUAUAAAAAUAUCAUAAAAAUAAAUAAUCCAUAACAAAUCAUGUACAGUAAAAUCACUUUAAUCUAUCGAUAGAAUCUGAUAGGUGCCAAAUUUUGGAUUAAUUAAAGCCAUUUAAAAAGAUAUAACCUACAAGGGUAGUGAUCUCAGGAAUAAAGUCCCUCUUGUGAAAUCCCCCAAGAUAAUUUCGUUAUGUGCUGGAAUAUAACAUUUUCUAGAUUUAGAAAUGCCAAAUAACAGAAUGGUCUGUUAGCAUGGACGACUAUUUGUAAAAUUGGUUGAAUUUUUUUUGGAAAGAAAACAAAAAAAAUUAAAAAAUUUUUCCUGGCUGCAUUAGGGUAAGUUCACACUACGGAACUUCUGCACACAAAAUUGUGCUUAGGAAUUCGAUUGCAUGAACUUAGACAUUGGUGUGAAUGGGUCUUCCGCUGACCCAUUCACACUGCGGAACAUUCAUGUUUAUUCUUUCGGUGUAAUUACGCACGGACUGCAUUGCCGUCAAUCGUGAUGGCACAGGUCCGCGCAUUCUGAAGGAUUUUGGCUGUGGCCGUUUAGAUGGAAUCCUCAAGCAAAAUUCCUGAUAAGAAGCGUGCCCCAAACCCAGAAGUAUUUAUGGCUUAAACACCUCCUCGCUCCCCCUCCCUUUCCUGUACCUGCUUGAUUGACAGUCCGCCAGAAGCCGAGCCCUGUUUCCAAAUCUUAUUGCUGCACAAACAAUUCUGCAAAGUCUUUCAAACUUCAGCUCUUGAGUAUUCACUAGAUAAAUGUAAUUGCUGUUUUGCACUCAUUGAUAUGAACAAAUUAGAAUUAAAGGGGUACUCCGGCGCUAAGACAU